AUGUCAAAACGGUCGAAUCGCGGCGAAGAUUCCGGUGAAGGUUCUGAUUCCGAAGAAGCUCAUGGACGAAACGAAUCGUCAGUGAUAUUGUACGAUGCCUGUAAAAUAUGUGGCUCCUCGGAAAACAGUCGGAUGGUGUGUUGUGAUACCUGUGGAGAUUGGUUUCAUUUUGAGUGUGUGGGCGUUGAUGAGAGCAUAGCGAAGGUAGACUGGAACUGCAAGGAUUGCGAAGCAAAACGAGUGGCUCAGGGCGCAGCUAGUUCUUCGACGUCGGUGGCACCAGCGAAGAAAAAUCCCACAUCACUGGACACAAUCCCGAAACAGUCAGAGGAGAUCCAGGCAUUGCAGAAACGGAUGUCAAACAUGACGGAGCUGAUGGGGGAACAGAAGGAAUCGUACGAGCGUUUGCUGAAAAUCAGAGAACAGGAACAGAAUAGAGUUUUGAAACAGCAGCAGGAACAUUUCGAGAAACAGCUUAAAGCAAUGAAGGAGCAGUUUGCAUCUCGGCUACAGAUACCGAACGUUAACAUCCCGCCGAAUGCCAAUUCGACGAGCAUCAGUGGUACCUAUGGCGCAGUUGGAAAUCGUCGGAAUACUAGGGCAAGUGUAGAGUUGCAGCUUUCGUUGUUGGCUGAGAAGCAGGCACUUGAAAUGAAGCACAUGGAAGAGCGGUUAAAAGUUCUGCAGAUGAAUAGCGGUGAUCCCGAUGGACCCGGAGACGGUGCUGCAAGAUUGGAUCCCAAUGUGCCGGAGUUCCUUCCGACGAUUGACCCAUUAUUUUUCUCGUAUUCGUCCCACGAUCUGAGCAGAAGUCAGCUUGCUGCGCGUCAAGCAGUAGCAAAGGAGCUUCCCAUUUUCACUGGCGCACCAGAGGAGUGGCCAUUGUUUAUCGCCACCUACGAGAACACCACUCGUAUGUGCGGAUACAGUGAUGAAGAGAACUUACUUCGUUUGCAGCGCAGCCUGAGGGGAAAAGCUCUAGAAGCUGUUCGAAGCCGGCUGUUGUACCCGGUAGGAUUGGCAGGAGUAAUUCAUACAUUGCGUACGUUGUUUGGAAGACCGGAGGUGAUAAUCCAUUCGUUGGUGUGUCGGAUUCGGAGCAUGCCAUCGCCGAAAACGGAAAGGCUGACUACGCUCAUCGAUUUCGGUGUUGCAGUUCAGAACAUGUGUGCGACCAUCAAGGCCUGCGGACUGGAAGAGCAAUUGUGUAAUGUGGCGCUACUUCAAGAGUUAGUUGAUCGGUUGCCGUCGACGAUUAAACUCAAUUGGGCAAUGCAUCGACAAACGUUAGCGUCCGUUACACUCUCAGACUACGGAGCAUGGUUGGAAAAGCUAGUGGAAGCAGCGUGUGUGGUUACUAUACCCUCUAGCGUGCCGGUCAGUACAAUGAUUACGGAGAAACGUAGCAGGAAAGCAGACGUGAACGUGCAUCUAGAUUCGGACAUCGAUUCGUCGUCGAAACCAGUGCAGAAACCGAUCAACAAAGGUUGUCUCGUCUGUCAUGGAACCUGCAAUAGUGCAGCUGCUUGCAAGAGGUUCCAGCAUCUCAAUGUUAGCGCUCGCUGGGCGGCUCUGAAGCAACACAAGCUGUGCCGCAAGUGUCUCAAGAGGCAUUUUGGAGCCUGUGAGGUGAAGAAUCCUUGCGGGAGGAACGGGUGCUCGUAUAUGCAUCACGAGCUUCUGCAUGAUGACUCAAGAUAUCAAGCAGGAGUUUCACCAGCAACAAUACAGGUGAGCGAAGGAGAAUCGUCACAGAACUGCAACACGCACAUAAGCCAGACCGGGAAGAUCCUUUUUCGAUAUGUUCCAGUAACAAUUCAUGGACGUGGCGUGUCCGUUAAGACGUACGCCUUUCUGGACGAUGGUUCGUCAGCAACGUUGAUGGAGCAUAGCCUGCUUAAGGAGCUAAAGCUGGAUGGGAAACCUAACCCUCUCUGUUUGAACUGGACGGCGGAGCAGCAUCGGGAAGAGAAGGACUCAGUGAAGCUAUCUCUGGAAAUUUCAGGAGUUGAAGGAAGAAGUAAGCGAUAUCGGAUCCCGAAGGUGCACACAGUCCGUUGUCUUGCGUUGCCACAUCAAACAGUGAAAAUUGAUGAGCUAGCAUCGGAGUAUAAGUACCUCGAGGGUCUACCAAUCGAUUCGUACUGGAACGUCUCUCCAAGAAUACUCAUCGGAAUUGACAACUGUCGGCUGGGUCAUGCUUUGAACAGUCAUGAAGGACGAGAAGAUGAACCCGUAGCUAGUCGAACACGUCUUGGAUGGCUAGUUUACGGGCCGUGCUCAACAGCAGUGCGACCGAUAAACAAGAGUUAUUCGGCAUAUCAUAGCUUUCACAUUUGUCCAUGCAGUGAACAGUGUGAUGCAGAGCUGCACAAUUCAGUCAAGGACUAUUUUUCGUUGGAGAACGUAGGUGUAGUGAGGCCAGAGAAGCCUCUCCUGUCGAAGGAUGAUGAUCGGGCGAUCCAGCUAUUGAAGUCGCAAACGAGGAUGAAGGGGAACCGAUAUGAAACGGGAUUACUGUGGAAGUAUGACGACGUGCAGCUGCCUAACAAUAAGCAAAUGGCCAUGAAGAGAUUGCUGUGUCUGGAGAAGAAGCUAUUAAAGGAACCUGAUUUAGCGAAGGCGUUCAACGAGAAGCUACGUGAGUACGAACAGAAAGGAUACAUUCGAAAACUGUCCCCUGACGAGCUCGAUGUCAGCUACCCUCGGUCGUGGUACCUUCCAAUAUUUCCUGUCCGAAACCCAAAUAAACCUGGCAAACUGCGCAUAGUCUGGGAUGCAGCCGCUGCAGUCAACGGUAUUUCGCUGAACUCCGUGCUGUUGAAGGGUCCUGAUUGGCUGGCAUCUAUCGUGAUAGUCCUUUACAAGUUCAGAGAAUUUCGGAUUGCUGUUGCUGGCGAUAUCGUCGAGAUGUUCCAUCAAGUGCUGAUGAAUGCGGUUGAUCAACAGUCUUUGAAGUUUUUCUGGAGAAGCUGCGAUCAGAGCCGAAAUCCGGACGUCUACGUAAUGGUGGUUAUGAUAUUCGGAGCGACAUGCUCACCGAGUUGCGCUCAAUUUAUCAAAAAUCUCAACGCCCAACGUUUCCAAGACCAGUUACCAAGAGCGGUGGAAGCGGUAGUUCACGAGCAUUACGUGGAUGAUAUGCUUACCAGCGUAGAGACAGAAGCUGAAGCAGAAAAAUUGGCGAAGGAAGUGGAGUACAUUCACGGCCAAGCAGGUUUCCAGAUUCACAAUUGGUUAUCCAACUCCAAGAGUGUGCUGGAGGCCCUUGGUGUGGAAGUUGGGAAAGAGAAAAGCCUAAACACCACAGCUGAGCAUGCAUCCGACAAGGUGCUAGGAAUGUGGUGGUGUACUUCAACGGACAAGUUGACGUUCAAAGUUUCCCCCCGACAUGACUCCGAACUUCUAUCAGGCCGAGUUAUCCCGACGAAGAGGCAAGUUCUGAGCACAUUAAUGACGAUCUACGAUCCACUGGGGCUUAUCGCCAAUUUCCUUAUGUUCCUGAAGAUCCUGCUUCAAGAAAUCUGGCGUUCUGGAGUAGCGUGGGAUGAGCCAAUAGCGACCAAGGAAUGGAAUAAAUGGCAGCUAUGGUUGAAAGUCCUUCCCAGAAUCGAAUCCGUCCGGAUCCCUAGAUGCUACCGGAAUAAUACCACAGCAACAGAGUUGAACAACAUCCAACUACACGUUUUCGUCGAUGCGUCCGAAAAUGGCUACGCUGCCGUGGCUUACCUGCGCUUCGAGGAAGGAGAGACCAUUGAAUGUGCGCUAGUUGGCUCGAAGGCCCGAGUUGCUCCAUUGCGGAAGUUUUCGAAGGAGAUGCUCGUCACUGGCCCACUCACACAGGAAGAACUAGUAGGAGCUGAGAACUACCUUUACAAGAGCGUUCAAGCUGAAGUUUUUUCGGAAGAGAUCCAGAUACUCCAGGAAGCAGAUCGAGAGCCAUGGAGGAGCAAGCGAAACCUGUCAAAGCACAGUGCUCUCUACAAGCUCAGUCCGAACUUCGACAGCGACGGUGUACUACGCAUGCACGGCCGCAUAGAUGCAUGUGAAUUCGUCGGAAAGGAUAUGAAGCAUCCGAUCUUGCUUCCCAAAUGCCAUCAUGUGACCGAUCUGAUCGUGUUGGAUUUCCAUCUAAAGUACUGCCACCUCAAUCACCAAACAGUUUUGAACGAGGUAAGGCAGAAAUAUUAUGUGCCACGUCUCCGCACCAUCUACCGUCGCGUUCGAAGUCACUGCCAACUAUGCAAGAUCAGAAAUGCGAAGCCUCAGCCGCCGAUGAUGGGUAAUUUGCCAGCGAUGCGUAUGCAAGCCUUGACCAGACCAUUUUCAUAUGUCGGGAUCGACUAUUUCGGGCCUAUGCAGAUCAUGGUCGGCCGCAGGGUGGAGAAACGCUGGGGUGUACUGAUAACGUGUAUGACCGUCAGAGCAGUACACAUCGAGGUUGCCCACUCAUUAUCGGCAGACUCCUGCAUCAUUGCCAUUCGGAAUUUCAUUGCACGACGAGGAAUGCCACUGGAAAUAAUUAGCGACCGCGGAACUAACUUCAUAGGCGCCAGCCGCGAAUUGAAGGAUGCCCUGCAGGAGAUGGACCAAAACAAGUUGAUCGAAAGUUUCGUAAGCGCCCAAACCAAAUGGUCUUUCAAUCCGCCCGCUUCGCCACAUUUCGGAGGAUGCUGGGAAACACUUAUCCAGUCGAUCAAGAAGACACUUAAUCAAAUCAAGCCCAACCGAACUCCCACCGACGAAUUGCUUCGAAACAUGCUCGUUGAAGUCGAAUCCAUUAUCAACGCUAGACCGCUGACUGAAAUACCGCUCGAACAUGAAGAAGCCUCACCGCUAACCCCGAACCACAUCCUUAUUGGAUCCUCGAACGGUUCAAAGCCCCCGAUCGCAUUUAACGAUAGUGCUGCCGUAGUGACACGUUCCUGGAAGAUGUCACAAGUGUAUGCAAAUGAGUUCUGGCGACGAUGGGUCGCCGAGUACCUUCCAACGCUGACCAAAAGGACGAAGUGGUUUCAAGCUGUUAAACCCUUGGCAGAAGGAGAUCUCGUAGUCGUGGUUGACCAUAAUCAACCCAGGAACUCGUGGCCAAAGGGAAAAGUCGUCGGAGUCGUCAAAUCUAAGGACGGCCAGGUCCGACGGGCGUCGGUGCGAACAGCUGGCGGAAUUCUCGAGAGACCAGCAGUUAAGCUGGCAAUCCUAGAUGUCGGUUCGAUAGUAAGUAAGUCGGAUCAAUGA